AAGAGCAACAAUCCAUAAAAUAAUCCCUCUCCCUUUUCCAUCAACAACCCCCACCUUACCACAACUCCCUCAAACCCUACCCCAACAUCUUUGAGGGAGGACGCGACCUACGCCUUAAUGUUGAUGAUGAGCGGUACCUUGAUGAUGAUGAUGGUGAUGACGAGCAGCACCCUGAUGAUGAUGACGAACCGUUACCGUGAUGAUGAUGUCGAACCACACCCUGUUGAUGAUGAUGGUGAUGAUGAUGAUGGUGAUGAUGAUGAUGGUGAUGGUGAUGAUGAUGAUGGUGAUGAUGAUGAUGGUGAUGGUGAUGAUGAUGAUGGUGAUGAUGAUGAUGGUGAUGAUGAUGAGCAGCACCCUGAUGAUGAUGACGAACCCUUACUGUGAUGAUGGUGUCGAACCAUGCCUUGUUGAUGAUGGUGCUGGUGAUGAUCAGCGCCCCAUUGCUGAUGACGAGCAGCACCCUGAU